AUGGUCAUCGUCACCUCUCCACCCCCAUUUGCAGCCAAGGUGUGUAAGCUUCUAAACAGCUUUCAGCCAGCCUUUGUGGCCAAGGGUGACUUUGUUAUUGGGGGGACCUUCCCUAUUCACUAUAACCAGGAGAUGCCAGACCUCAACAACACCUACAGACCAAUGCCUGUGAAGUGUAAUGGCUUUGAUCCCCGGGCUUUCCGCUGGGCUCAGACUAUGAGGCUGGCAGUGGAGGAGAUAAACCAGAGUACAGAGCUUUUACCCAAUUACACCCUUGGAUACAAAAUCUUUGAUUCAUGUGCAUAUCCACUGACUGGCAAGAGGGCUGCUCUGGCUGUACUGAACGGGCUGAUUGAGGACGACUCUCUGAUGUGCAGCGGUGCCUCUCCGCUCCUCGCUGUGAUUGGGGAAUCUGGUUCUGCUCUGUCUAUUGUGUUGUCAAGAAUCCUGCAGCCGUUCAGAAUACCGAUGAUCAGCUACUUUUCUUCAUGUUCGUGUCUCUCUGACAGAAGAAAAUAUCCUACCUUCUUCAGGGUAAUCCCAAAUGAUGACUAUCAGGUGAAGGCCAUUGCUCAGCUGCUGGUGCGCUUCAACUGGACCUGGGUGGGGCUGGUGCGAGGGGACCGUGAAUAUGGCCGCUCUGCUGUGGAAGGUUUACUGAGAGAAUUACAGGGUACCAAAGUUUGUGUUGCAUACCAAGAAAUUAUCCCUCUACUCUACAGUCGCCAGAAGGCGAUGGAGAUCAUCCAGGUGAUGCGUAGCUCUUUGGCCAAAGUGGUUGUGGUAUUUUCAGCUGAGGGGGAGAUGAUACCUUUCUUGAGAGACUACAUGAUGCAGAACAUCACUGGAAUCCAAUGGGUGGCCAGUGAGGCCUGGGUCACAGCAACUUUCUUCACAGGGAGCGAGUAUUACCCUUACAUGGGGGGCACCAUAGGGUUUGGCAUCAGAAGAGGACAUAUAUCCAGACUCAGUGACUACCUGCAGACGGUAAACCCUCAGAUGUAUCCCAAUAAUGUUUUGUUGCCUCCCUGCUCGGGGCAGGAGUCCCUUUUGGAGCAACAUUCAGCCUACAUGAACACAUCCAGCCCCAGAGCGGCAUAUAACGUCUAUAAGGCUGUAUACGCGAUUGCUCAUUCCCUCCACAACCUUCUUCUCUGUCAACCAGGCAGUGGGCCUUUCCAAAGCAACUCAUGUGCUCAAAGCAACAAUAUAGAGCCCUGGCAGCUCCAAUACUACCUACAGGAAGUUACUUUUAACAUUGCCGGAGAGGAGGUGAACUUUGACCUGAGGGGCGACUCAAUACCAUAUUAUGAUAUCAUCAACUGGCAAAGAGGCACAGGUGGAAAAACUGAGUUUGUCAUCGUGGGGUUGUUCGACGGGGCCAAGCCUGUCGGCGACGAGCUGGUGAUCCAGGAGGACAGAAUAAUAUGGGUGCCGAUGUCUGUAUGCAGCGCCAGCUGUCUUCCAGGGUCUCGGAAGGCUGCCCGUCGUGGGGAACCUGUUUGCUGCUUUGACUGUGUGCCAUGUGAAAGUGGCAAAAUUAGCAAUCAGACAAAUUCAAUAGAGUGCACAUUCUGUCCUGAGGACUUCUGGUCAAACAAGGACAGAACAGCCUGCAUCCCCAAGAAGGUGGAGUUCUUGGCCUAUGAUUCCUUGGGUAUAGCCCUGACAGUGACCUCUGUGGUGGGUGCCUGCCUCACUCUAGCUGUCUUUGCAGUCUUUUUCUAUCAUAGAAGCACAGCCAUCGUCCGCGUGAAUAACUCUGAACUCAGCUUCUUCAUCCUGUUCGCACUGACUCUGUGUUUCCUGUGUUCGCUGGUGUUCAUUGGAGAGCCAACAUUUUGGUCCUGCAUGCUGCGCCACACUGCCUUUAGCAUCACAUUUUCAUUGUGCCUCUCUUGUAUCUUGGGGAAGACUCUAGUUGUUUUGGCAGCCUUCACUGCCACCCGGCCAGGGGACAACAUGAUGAAAUGGCUGGGGCCCAGGCAGCAGAGGGUCAUCAUCUUCAGUUGCACUCUGGUUCAGGUGGUUAUCUGCGCUGCCUGGCUCAUUGAUGCCCCCCCUUUUCCAUCACGAAAUACACAGUAUGAACGCUCAAAGAUCAUACUGGAGUGUAGUGUGGGCUCUAGCCUGGCAUUCUGGUGUGUUCUGGGAUAUAUUGGUCUUCAGGCCUGUCUGUGCUUUGCUCUGGCCUUUUUGGCUCGUAAGUUGCCGGGAAACUUCAAUGAAGCAAAGUUCAUCACUUUUAGCAUGCUGAUCUUCUGUGCUGUAUUGCUGGCAUUUAUCCCUGCUUAUAUCAGCUCUCCUGGAAAUUAUGCAGAUGCUGUGGAGUCAUUUGCCAUUCUGGCGUCCAGCUUUGGCUUGUUGUUCUGCCUGUUUGCUCCAAAGUGUUACAUAAUUUUACUGAAGCCAGAAAAGAAUACAAAGCAGCACCUGAUGGGAAAAGAAAAGAAAUAG